AUGAAGAAAUUACCCAAAUUACCAAGUAGUUAUUUAGAACCCAAAAUAUUUGACAACAAAUACAUAGUCAAAGAGUAAUUAAGUUCAGGUUCAUUUGGUGUUGUGUAUUUGGCAAUCCACAAGGUGACAAGAGAGGAAGUGGCUGUGAAAUUGGAAAAAGGAUAAUAAGAGACAUUGGAUAGGGAAGUCUAUUUGCUAACAAAAUUACAAGGCAUACUUGGUGUAACAAAAUUGUUUUGGUUUGGUCGAGAGCAAUGCUACAAUGUGAUGGUUAUUGAACUACUUGGAAAAGACUUAGGCUAUUAUGGAAAAACAUAUAAAUAACUAUCACUUAAGAGCGGAUUAUAGUUGUUGGAAUAAUUGAUAACAAUUUUUAAUUGUGUACAUUAAAGGGGAAUAGUUCAUAGAGAUCUUAAACCUGAAAAUAUUAUGAUGGGCAAGACCAAUACAUCAUAGGCAUUUUUAGUUGAUUUUGGGGUUUCAAAACAAAUAUUCGACAAGGGAAAGCAUAUACCGUUCAAAGACAAGAAAUCCUUUAUAGGGACAGCUAGAUAUGCCUCGGUUGCAGCACAUAAGGGAUUUGAGAUUGGAAGAAAGGACGAUCUGGAAUCCUUGAUGUACGUUAUAAUUUAUCUGAUUCUUGGGUAAAGAAAUUAACUGAUUGAGGAAAACUGCCUUGGACAGGACUGUUGCUGUCGGAGAACUCUGUGCAAAGAAUUACCUCCAGCGUUUGCUGAAUAUUUGAAUUACCUAAAGGGAUUAAAAUACGAAGAUCAACCAGAUUAUGAAUUACUGAAAAAAAUUAUGAGAAAAUGUUCAGAAAUUAAUACAUAUGAUAAUUAAUUUGAAUGGACAGAAAAAUAAUCAUAACAAUAAUAAGAUAAAAUUGGAGAGAAUAAAUAACAAAGUUCGUUUUUAGUUGUCCCCAAUGGACUAGGAGAUUAAUAGUAAAGACAAAAUACAAAGAAGCAAUCAUAUAUGGGUUCUUAAUCUUCUAAUGCGGUGAAGUAUGUGCCUUCCUUCUAGGAGGCUAUAUCAAUCUAGGCUAAACCAGCUCCUCAAAAGAUUAUUGCUAGUCAACCUCAUAUUGAAGUGUUGAAAUAGAUUGAAACCAUUGAUUUUGAUGAUAUUGAAGAAAAUAUGGAAAACCAACAGACCUUGGAAUAGAAGUAUUUGAAGUUGGAAGAUUUGGAUGCAAAAUUUAAGGAAGUAGGGAAUAACAAAUCUUAUUCGGCUAUUCAUAUAUUUGAGAAUUGA